GUGGCGGGGGCCGCCAGGUGGCACCUCGAUCAAUGUUUACACGACAGCAGAAGGCAGGAUGGCUGAGGGAAGCGGUGGUGACGGGAGUUGGUGGGGCUGGAUCCAGAGUACGAGAGAUAAGGUUAUAUCACAGUCAUCGGAAGUUUUAGAGUUUGUAAAAAAAGACAUAGAUGAGUUUACGAAAGUGGUGACGGAAGAGGCAUCAUCAGUGGUUUCUUCAACAGCUAACACACUCAAGGAAAAACUCAGGUUGGAUGAAGAUGAUAGUACUGCUAAUCACAUGAAGAAGAGUGUUAGUGGCUUCCUUAACCAUGUAGCAGAAGUUUUCACACCACCUCCAGAUGAUGCAGACCAAGAAGCCAUUGUGAUUCGUAACCAACAACCUGUCAUAUUAAAUAGGCUACAGGCAGCAAUUUAUGCAAUAUCACAAGAUCCAGCCACUUUCUUGACGGACCCUGAAGGAGAUGAAUCACAUUACGAGGCUUGGCUUUCGAAAUUUGACCUGGAAUCGCGACAGACAGAACUCUCCGACCUUCUUGUUAACAAUCAACCACUUAGACAUAAUUAUACUUCGCUUGUUCCAGCCCAGGUCUCCCAUGUAGUAUUUUGGCAUCGCUACUUUUAUGAAGUCCAACGAUUAGAAGCAGCUGAAGCACGACGACAAGAGCUCAAACAACGUGCGGAUAAAACUGCCAACGACUCGGAGGUUGUGUGGGAUGAAGAUGAGGACUUUGGAGGAGAUGCAGAAAUUCCUGAAGAGAUGCAAGCCCAACUUCUUGAGGACUACCAACGAGAGUGUGAAGAGAAAGGGAAGAAAAUUCCUGAGAGUGAAGGGAAACAAAAGGACUCGACUGAUAAAUCUGAAUUGACAGACAAAGUUAUAAAUGCAGUAACAGAGAAAGAUGCAAUUUCAUCCAAAAAUAGUUCAAAAACAAAUUCUAGUAGUACAUCCACAGAUCUAUUGCAAGAGCUCAAAGUGGAUUUAAGCAAAACUUCAGAUACCACCAGUAAGCCCUCGCCUUCAUCAACAGAGAGCAAUGAAGAUGAGUGGGAAAAGGUUGAUGCCAAUGAUGCUGGAAAUUCUCAUGCUUCUACCUCGUCCAAUAAAAGCAAUAGGACCGAGAAGUCUGAUGACCCUAAGGGUGAAGACUGGGAAAACUGGGAUUGAGAAGCUGAGACAACAAAGGCAUAUUAAGAACAUGAUCAAAAGCCAUUCUGAGACAUCCCCAGGAAGGUUUUGCUUUGUGGCCAGCCGAGUUGAUAUUUCUCGGUAGUCUUGCCUCUUGUGUAUCAUACUGUUGAGUGUAAUCAUUAAUCUAUGUCAUUUUGUAUUUGCCAAUAUUUUUUAUUUCAUUAUUAAGAGAUUGGCACAUUUUCUGCUAGUCUUAACAUAAAUUGAAGUACAGUAGCUUGCUGUAUAUUUAAAAAAACUACUGCAGUAUUUUUGUUAUCGUGAAUCAUAUAUUAAGGAUAUUAUUGCUGACACGAUUGCUAAUUCUAUUUUUUGUUAUAUAAUGCAUCACUGAAUAUUACUUAAUUACAUAUUUUUUUUUGUUAUAUCAAACUAAGGAGAAGCAUUAACUAAAACAUAUUAGUGUUGAUUGUGUUGUUCAGUGACCCAGUGUGACCAGUGUAGUUGUAGGCAGCUGUGGGAGAGGGAAGUGAAGUGUUAUUCAGAGCCACUUAGGCUAUACAGGCUCUCCCAGAAUUAGCUAUCUAUUUCUGUGAAAUUGGACAAAUCUAUUAAACACUUAACAUUAUUUCAUGUUUUUACCUAAUUUUAUUUGAAAAACAGAUAUACAUAUUUAUAAAUCAUAAGUCAAAUCUUAAUUGAGAUUUUUCAACACAUGCUCUGUCUAUAUCCCUGCCUAUUUUAAAUUUAACCUUAGCGCUGCAAAACACAUUUUGAAGUAUGUCAGGAGUUAUGUCCUGCACGGCCAGCUGAAUGUGUACGUUAGGUUUAGCUAAAUUAUUGAUCCUUUGGCAAUAAACCUUUCUUUUUAUGACCCCCCCAUGCCAAGAAAUCUAGAAGUGUCAAAUCCGGAGAACACCGAGGCCAAGGUAGAGGUCCUCCACGUCCAAUCCAUCGAUUGGGAAGCGUCUGUUGAGAUGUUCUCGGACAAUUAUUGCACAAUUGCAUGGUGGAAAAUCUUGUUGAAACAAGCAUUAUCAAGAAGCUGUGGUUCAAUAAACUGCUGAAGCAUAUCAAGGUAGACUGUACCUGUUACAGAUGCUUCAUGAAAGAAGAAUGACCCAUAAAUUUUGGAUGUACAGUACUGUAUUCAUUCCAAGCCACAUGUUAACUUUUGGAGAAUGUCUCUGCCAUUCUAUGACUUAUGAUGGUUUUUCAUCGGACUAAAUACGACAAACAUGUAGAUUGAUUUGAUCACACGUGUGGAAAGUCGCCUCAUCAUUGAAUUAAGAUUUUAUCCAAUAAACCUUCAUCAUUUUUAUUUGAUCCACAAAUUCUGCACACCUUGCUGCUCAGUUUGGGUAAUUCUUUUCAUUUAGGGCAUGCAGUACCUGAAAGUGAUAAGCCUUUUUUUUCACCAGUGUCAAAUGCAAGAUUCUAUGAACUGUUGUCUUGGAUAUGUUGAAUCUUUGAGUGGCUUCCCUAACCGACGUUGUUGGUUCAUCCUCAAACAAUUGUCAUACUCCUUCAAUAAUGCCACGCUCUGUCCUUGGGCAUCCUCUUCAUGCUUCAUUGUGUACGGGUUCAAUUCUUUUAAAUUUGUUUGCAAGUUACAAAUCACUUUGUAGGACCGAUUUUGUGAAAUUUCCUUGUAAAUCUUAUUCUGGUUCCAUUACAAGUAUGUAUAUCACAAUCCUUUGAUAUGAGGAUGUGAGAAUAAAGUUGCAUUCUUGUGUAUUCAUUAUUAGGCAAUUCUG